GCGGAGCUCUGGAGGAGACUUUGCCCUCUCCCCAACGCACAUUGUUCAGCCUCAUCUGAAUGCGAGAGAAAGUGUCGCACUCCCAGGAACUCUGUGCGGUUGGGAAAACUAAAGGACUCUUGGAUCGCUGUCAGCAGCAUUAUUUGGAGACGAGCGUUUAAAGGUUUUACUUUUAAACUGUGUGGUUUAAGUCCAGGAGGCCAAAAUGGAAAUGCACUUGGCAGAGGCCCCAGGCUCGGUGAAGGUCACAGAGUGGCAGCAGUCGUAUUACGGGACAGACUCAGGCAUCCAGUCAGGAGCCACUACGGUUCGCUCAGAUGAUGAUGGAACAGAGUACAGCACCAAGAAAUUCACCUACACCACUACAGUCACAGAGAACCCUGCAGACGUGGAGUCUCAAUACAAUAUGACUCGUGCUCAGCGCGUGAGGGCGGCCAUGUUUCCUGAGACAGUGAUGGAGGGAACGUCCAUCCUUUCCACACAGAUAGAUUCAUCCCAGCAGACCAACGUUCAGAAGCUGGCUGAACCAUCCCAGCAGCUCAAAGCCGCCAUCAUUCAUCUCAUCAACUACCAAGACGACGCUGAACUCGCCACACGCGCCAUUCCAGAGCUUACCAAACUCCUGAACGAUGACGACCAGGUCGUGGUGAAUAAGGCAGCUAUGAUCGUGAACCAGCUGACUCGCAAGGAGGCUUCCCGUCGGGCUCUGAUGCAGUCCCCGCAGAUGGUGGCCGCUGUUGUGAGAGCCAUGCAGAACACGUCCGACAUGGAGACAACCCGCGCCACAGCCAGCAUCCUGCACAACCUUUCGCACCAGCGCGAGGGGCUGCUCGCCAUCUUUAAAUCAGGAGGCAUUCCAGCUCUGGUUCGCAUGUUGAGCUCCCCAAUGGAUUCAGUUCUUUUCUAUGCCAUCACCACCCUGCACAACCUGCUUCUGCAUCAGGAGGGAGCCAAGAUGGCGGUGCGUCUGGCUGAUGGUCUGCAGAGGAUGGUUCCCCUGCUGAAGAAAAGCAACCCCAAGUUCCUGGCCAUCACAACAGACUGCCUACAGCUUCUUUCCUAUGGCAACCAGGAGAGCAAGCUGAUUAUCCUGGCUAACAGUGGCCCUGAGGGUCUAGUAAACAUCAUGAGGACUUACAACUAUGAGAAGCUGCUUUGGACCACCAGCCGGGUGCUCAAAGUGCUCUCUGUCUGUCCUAGUAACAAACCUGCUAUUGUAGAUGCUGGUGGAAUGCAAGCUCUUGGUAAGCAUCUGUCCGGCUCUAGUCAACGCCUGAUGCAAAACUGCCUGUGGACCUUGAGAAACUUGUCAGACGCUGCAACCAAACAGGACGGAAUGGAAAAUCUGCUCCAAGUGCUGGUCGGCCUGCUGUCCUCUGAUGACAUCAACAUGCUGACCUGUGCCACAGGUAUCCUGUCCAACCUCACCUGCAACAAUACACGCAACAAAACACAGGUGACCCAGAGUAACGGCGUGGAGGCUCUAAUUCACACCAUCUUGAGGGCCGGUUCAAAACAGGACGUGAUCGAACCAGCUGUCUGUGCCCUGCGCCACCUCACCAGCCGGCACCCAGAGGCUGAAUCUGCACAGAAUGCCGUACGAAUGCAUUACGGCAUCCCCGCUAUUGUCAAAUUGCUCAAUCAACCAUACUACUGGCCAGUCGUUAAGGCUGUGGUUGGUCUGAUCCGUAACCUGGCACUCUGUCCAGCCAAUCAGGCUCCUUUGAGAGAUGCUGAAGCCAUUCCCAAACUGGUCACUUUGCUUUCAAAAGCUCAUCAAGAUGCACAGAAACACGGUUCAUCUGCUCAACAAACAUACCAGGAUGGCGUGAGAAUGGAGGAGAUCGUGGAGGGCUGCACUGGUGCUCUGCAUAUCAUGGCCAGAGAUCCUAUUAACAAAUCCACCAUUGCAAGCAUGGACACCAUUCCUCUGUUUGUUCAGCUGUUGUAUUCUCCACUGGAUAACGUCAAGCGUGUGGCAGCUGGUGUUCUGUGUGAACUGGCUCUUGAUAAACAGUCGGCUGAGAUCAUUGAUUCGGAAGGAGCCUGUGCUCCUCUCAUGGAGCUCCUCCACUCCAGCAACGAAGGGAUCGCCACCUAUGCUGCUGCUGUUCUCUUCCGAAUUUCUGAGGACAAAAACCCAGACUAUAAGAAACGAGUAUCAGUAGAGCUCACACACUCGCUCUUCAAACAUGACCCUGCUGCUUGGGAGAUGGCACACAACACCAUGAUGGAUCCUGUUCUUGCUGAAGACGAUCUCGAUGGCUACGGCCCUGGGGCAUAUCAAGGAUACCCUGAUGGUAUGCAUAUGGAGGGUAUACCACUAGAACAAGACAUGACAGAGGAUUUCGGGGGACCCAUGAAUUACAACUCCAUGGCCAGACAGUACCAUGAUUACUAACAGCCUGAUGAUGAAUUGAGCUCUACUGAAAGAGGGUUAUGAAAAAUACAAGAGACAGAAGCUCCUAGCAGAGUUUUUCUUUCUUUUUUUUUUUUUUUUUUUUUUUUUUUUUUCCAUCGCUGGGUGCCUGUGGUCCAUUUCUCAGUAAACACACUGACACUGCUGUAAUAUAUGCAAUUCUCACUGUGUUGGGAGAGGCAGAAUCGAGCACAUCUAUACGUUGCCUUUACAAGGAUGACAGCAUGUUGCAUUUUACACGUCUUUUUGUAGAAAAUGUUCUAUUUUAGUGUUUCUUAUGGGUGCAUUAAUACAUUGUUGGUAAGAGGACUGGUUAACUAUGCCAAAGAGAUUUUAUUAUAAUAUUUUAUAAUGAUAAUCACGUUGCUUUUUAUAGUUUUAAAGAUUUUGGAAAACGCGAUCAAUGAUUUAGUGAUCUCACAAUUACUGACCUGAGGUCAGCUUUAUAGCUUCGUUCACAGUGGUUUUAGUCAGACGGGCAAUGAGAGCUGAUCUGCAAUCAGCUUUAGUGAGUGAAAAGUGAGUCCGACAUGUUGAUUUCCUACAGCGCUUAGAUCUCAAUACAGUGCAUCUCCAUAUAUCUCCAGAGUUCUUAAAUGUAAACCGUUUCCCACUUGUUUUUUUGUUUCACUCCAUAUAUUAUGUUUUGCUAAGUUGUCUUAAUGUAUAGACAAGGAAAUAGUGAUUUUGUUUGUUUCGCAUUGCAAUGUGUAUGGAGAUUUGUUUUUAGUUGCGUGAUAAAUAAAUGCUGUGUUGAUUAAAAGGGACUAAUGUUUAACCAAACAAUUAAAAACCUUAAAAGUUAAAAACUAGCUUCACAUUUGUUCAAAUAUUAACUCAUAGGAGGCAACCUGAACAGACAAAGGGAUUCUUUGUAGCGUUUUUACUUCACACUUUGUCCAAAAAACUCAAUAAAAUCAUGUUAUCUAAUA